ACCACCCAGUAUGCUGCCAACAUCUGCGCAGGGUUGACGUCCUGCGCCCGUCGCCAUAUUGCUUCGAUUUUCCCGCGUUUCCAUCAUUUUCAUCCGCUUCAAGUUUAGAAAUAAUUAGAGUCCUUAUGAAGGAAGUAAAUUUAGAUCUUCUUUGGGAGCUUACAAAAAAUCGGUGUUUUCAGGAUAAUAAUUUUUACAGAAUACUAGAACGGUUAACCCGAGAAUGAAACGCAAUGAGUCGUCUAGAAGCGUCACGUCAAGGUUCUCGAGUCGCCGAGGCUCGCAGCGGCCGGCGCUGACCCUCAGCUUUCGCCAAAAUUCACUUACCAUCAGCUCGCUUGCUCAGCAGUCUGCUUUUCUAGCGGAAAAAGCGCUUAAGGCAGAAGGAGCGGAUCCUAAUAUUCAAACGGACGCAGUUUCUUGGUUUAGUCUAUUUAGAUUUGCUAAGCCAUGGGAGUUCUUUCUACUGUUCCUGGGUGUGAUAUUCGCGUCGCUGAACGGUCUCUUCGUGCCGGUCGGUGUAAUCAUAUACGGCGAAUUUACAUCGCUAUUGAUAGACCGAACCGUUAUGAAUGGAACUUCUACGCCAACGCUCACAAUUGCGUGGUUUGGCGGAGGCAGGAUACUUACAAACGCAAGUCGGGAGGAGAAUCGUCAAGCCCUGAUCGAAGACUCGCAGGCUUUCGGCAUCGGUUGCACGGUUUUCUCCGUACUGCAGUUCCUUGUGGGAGUGAUCAGUGUCGACCUUUUUAAUUAUGCUGCACUUAAACAGAUCGACAGGGUUAAGGAGAAGUUUUUACAAGCGGUACUUCGACAAGAUAUCACGUGGUAUGACCUCAACACUUCAAUGAACUUCGCAACUAAAGUUUCAGACGAUGUAGAAAAAUAUCGCGAAGGCAUCGGUGAGAAGAUACCGAUGCUGAUUUAUCUCGUGAUGUCGUUUGUUACCGCGGUUAUCAUAUCGUGCGCGUACGGCUGGGAGCUGACACUUGUCAUACUGUCCUGCGCGCCGAUCAUCAUCGCCACCACCGCUAUUGUGGCUAAGGUUCAAUCGUCGCUGACGUCACAAGAGUUGAAAGCGUACAGCGUGGCCGGCGUCAUCGCGGAGGAAGUUCUCGCGUCCAUCCGCACCGUGGUCGCCUUCGGGGGGGAGGAAAAAGAGAUAGAAAGAUAUCAAAAACGUCUUGAUCCAGCUAAGAAGACCGGUGUAAAGAAGGGGGUGUAUUCGGGUAUUGGUAGUGGCUUCAUGUGGCUUAUAAUCUACGCCACAUACGCGUUGGCGUUUUGGUACGGUGUCGGAUUGAUCUUGGACAGUCGACACGAAGAGGAACCGGUGUAUACACCAGCUGUCCUGAUGAUUAUAUUCUUCAGCGUCCUCCAAGGAGCACAGAACGUAGGUCUGACGGCGCCACAUCUCGAGGCAAUUGCAAGCGCCCGGGCUUCAGCAGGAGCGAUCUUCUCUGUGCUUGAUAGGAAACCAACCAUAGAUAGCCUGUCGACUGAAGGCAGUAAACCGGUACUGGAAGGAGAUAUGGAGCUGAAGAAUGUGUUUUUUAGGUAUCCAGCUCGACCUGAUGUACAGGUCCUAAAUGGACUCAACCUGAAGAUAAAUCGUAACGAAACGAUAGCACUUGUCGGGGCGAGCGGUAGCGGAAAGUCCACAGUACUACAGCUGUUGCAAAGGAUGUACGACCCAGACAUGGGAUCCGUGACCGCAUCAGAUAAUGAUCUGAGAGAUAUCAAUGUACGUCAUUACCGGGGUCACAUCGCCGUCGUUGGCCAAGAACCUGUCUUAUUCGCUGGUUCUAUUAAGGAGAAUAUACGAAUGAGCAACCCUACUUGCACGGAUGAAGAAAUCGUCAUAGCGUCGAAGCAAGCGUACUGUCACGGCUUCAUCAGACAUUUGCCAAAUGGAUAUGACACUAUGAUUGGUGAAAGAGGUGCUCAACUAUCUGGCGGACAGAAACAGCGAAUCGCAAUAGCUAGAGCUUUGGUGCGGAAACCAAAAAUCCUCAUCCUCGACGAGGCCACUUCAGCUCUUGACUCUCAAAGCGAAGCCAAAGUUCAGAGAGCUUUGGAUGCGGCUGCGUAUGGUAGAACCACCAUCAUGGUGAGCCACAGAUUAGCAACGGUGUUAAAUGCGAACCGGAUCGUGUUCAUUGAAAAGGGUGAGGUGGUAGAAGAAGGUACUCACGAAGAGCUUCUGAAUCUAAGAGGUCGAUACUAUCAAUUGGUACUGGAAAACGAGCCGAGCAUCGCACCUGAUGGGAACACAGAUACCCAAAAAACUAACUUUGAUCCAACCACAGAUGCUAAGAUGAGAAGAUCGAAACUUCAAAAAAUGGUUUCCCUUGAUUCGAUGAAGAGUAACUCUAUGGAAGAAGAGGAUUCAGGUUCAGAAGAUAGCGUGGUGAUAGAAGAUAAGGAGGAAAAGGAGUUUGAGCCGACAACAUGGCAAAUCUUGAAAUUAUGUGAACCUGAAAAACAUCUAAUGGCCAUUGGAAUCAUCGCUGCUAUUGCUGUGGGAUCUUCGUUUCCAUGUUUUGCUAUACUCUUCGGUGAAACUUAUGGUCUUUUAGAAAGUAAGGAUGAAGACUACGUCCGUCGCGGUACAAACAUCAUUGCUAUACUUUUCUUAUUAGUUGGAGUUUACACUGGCAUCGGAAUUUUCUUCCAAAUCUUUGUUUUCAACAUCACGGGCGUAAGACUCACGGCUAGACUGAGGGUAGCUGCAUUUCGAGCGAUGCUACAACAGGAGAUUGGUUGGUUUGAUAAUCCACUGAACGGCGUCGGGGCGCUCUGUGCGAGGCUCGCCUCAGACGCUGCAGCCGUCCAAGGUGCAACUGGUACCCGAAUCGGUGCGCUCAUGCAAGCAUCAGCCACCAUCCUCAUCGGUAUCAUGGUGUCCAUGUACUACACGUGGCGUAUGACGCUAGUGUCCUUGAUAUCAGUGCCAAUGGUCAUAAUAGCGGUCGUGCUGGAAGGCCGAGUGCUGGCCGAGGGCAUCGCAACAAUACGGGAAGCGUCAAACAAAGCGACCACAAUAGCGACGGAGGCCAUCACCAACAUUAGAACCGUGUCGGCGUUUUGCGGCGAGGAGGGCGCGCUGGCGCGGUACCGCGCGGCGGGGGGCGGCGCGCGGCGGGCGGCGCGCAGCAGCCUGCGCUGGCGCGGCGCCGUGUUCGCGUUCGGGCAGACGGCGCCCGUGGCCGGCUACGCGCUGUCGCUGUGGUACGGCGGCGUGCUGGUGGCCGACCGCCAGGUGCCCUACAAGGACGUCAUCAAAGUGUCCGAGGCGCUGAUAUUCGGCGCGUGGAUGAUGGGCCAAGCGCUGGCGUUCGCGCCGAACUUCGGCGCGGCCGUGCUGGCGGCGGGGCGCGUCAUGACGCUGCUCGCGCGCCGCCCGCUCGUCGAGAGCACGCACGCGCCCUCCGUGCCCGACGCCUACGUAGCAGAUGGCAAAAUCCAUUACAAGAACAUAAAAUUCCGCUACCCGACGCGGCGCGAGGUGCAAGUGCUGCGCGGCCUCUCGCUGCUCAUCCCGUGCGGGAAGCGCGUGGCGCUGGUCGGGCCCAGCGGCUGCGGGAAGUCUACCCUCAUACAGCUUCUGCAACGGCUGUACGACCCGGACGACGGUUAUGUGUAUCUAGACGAUCACAGUAUCGUCGGCGACAUGCGGCUGUCGACUCUCCGUCGCAACCUCAGCAUCGUGUCGCAGGAGCCGGUGCUGUUCGACCGCACCAUCGCCGAGAACAUCGCAUACGGAGACAACACCAGGAACGUUCCGAUAGAGGAGAUCGUCAUCGCCGCGAAGGCCGCAAACGUUCAUUCGUUUAUCGCCGCCUUGCCCGAUGGCUACUCGACGCGCAUCGGGCAGCGCGCGUCGCAGCUGUCGGGCGGACAGAAGCAGCGCAUCGCCAUCGCGCGCGCGCUCGUGCGCGACCCGCGCGUGCUGCUGCUGGACGAGGCCACCUCCGCGCUCGACACGCACAGCGAGCGGGUGGUCCAAGAAGCUUUGGACAGAGCGAGUGAAGGCAGGACGUGUCUCAUUAUCGCCCAUCGCCUCGCGACCAUACAGAACGCUGACGUCAUCUGCGUCAUAGACCAGGGAGUGGUCGCGGAAAUGGGCACCCACAAGGAACUCAUCGCUCUGAAGAAAAUCUACGCAAGGUUGUACGAGUUACAGUGCGGCUUCAUUGAGGAAAGUGAGGAAAAUUUGGCAAACGAAGAAAAUCCUUAAGCAUGUCGACUAUAUUUUAACAAGAAAAAAAAUUACUGCUGCAGGCUAGUUUUCAAACAGAUAAGCAAUCGUGUUCAAACUGAAACAUCUGUAACGCUAUCAGGUAGGUACCUCAAUAGUUUGACUUUUAUCUGAAUGGUCAUUGGUCGUUAGCAACCAUUGACGCAAUAAGCGACCAAUUAGCGUCCAGUAUUUAGUCAAGUUCAACCAUCUGGCUUUGUUCAGCGUUUCAGAGUCAGUAAGUGAAACUUUUAAGUUAUGUACGAUUUACUAAGCAUAUAUAAUUAUGAUUAUAUUUUAAUUUGCCAAUCGUCUUAAACAUGCCAAUUUUGUGAUGAAUACCAUAUUGCUUGUCACUGGUGUUUUACAACUACUCUGCAAGUUUGGUAAUAAUUAAAUUAAUUAUUGUUAAAAAUUUAAUGCCUUUAAUGAGUAAGCAAAGCUGGAUUCAGAAGAGGAUGACGGUGCCUUGUAUUAAAUAAAAGCGACCUAUGGACAGAUCGAUUUUAUGUAAAUAACAUUCUGAAAUUGUUAUGCCAUGGUUUAAAUAUUAGAUAGACCUUCUUCGUUGUUGCACGUCAUCCAUUUUUAAAUCCGGUUUUGCAUAUAAGUGUAAAACGACAUUGUAAAAAGUUAUUAUUCAAUAAAUUGUUAUAUAAGUGUAUAGUGUAGUUAGACAUACAUAAUUACUUGAUUUUUUUCUAGUCACUUUCUUAAUAUUAGUAAUUACUUAGCUCUUAGAAGACAUUUUGUAUAAUAAAUAUAUAAAUUUUAUUGAAUUACCUAAAUAUUAACAAUAAUUUUAUUGAAUUGAUUUGCGUGAAAACACAAUGUACAAAUAAUGCCUUAAAAUUUGUUAUUGCGAUAAAAAAAUAUUCUCUAAUAUUCCGUUGCUUACUUGAAUAAUAAUAACUAUGAAUACAUUUUAUACAAAUGCAUGUUUUUACAAAAAACUAAUUUAAAAAUGUUUAUAUUUUUUUUUGUUUCAUAUAGAUUAAAAAUGUUAUUAAAUAUAUAAUAAUUUCAGAUACACAGGUAUCUCACAUGAUUUACUUAAUUACAAUUCUAGUAAUUAAUAAACUUCAAUAGUUAAUACUAAACAUUCCCUUCCUAUUUCUCGUACCUAAAAUCCUUCACAUUCCUUUAGUAAAAGACGUUACCCUUAAGUGAAAUUUAAAAGACCUUAUAUUUAAAAAAAAAGUAUUAAAAUCCAAUCAAUUGUCAUAAUUGUGUGGUAAGAUUAAAAAUGCCUAUAUUAUUUUUUGAUCUUUAAAUUGAAAUAAUAUUCUCCAUCAUGUCAUCAACAGAUAACCUAAAAGCCCAGAUAAAAUUAAAUUCCAUUUUCCCGCCUUUUUGGUUACAAUGUUAAAGCUUCUCCUCAUUCCCGCACGAUUCAUUAAAAAGUUAUGUAUUGUAGUAAGAGUUGCUGAUAAACCAAAAAAAUAAAGAAAAAUUCGCGCGCAAGGCGCGACCCUAUCAAGUGCCAUGAUUGGUGAACAGUGUCAUAUAUUAUAUACUUUACGGCAAACGCCGUGGUCGCGCUUUGUUGCUUUAUAUUUGUCGGCUUUUUGCUCUGCGAAGGGAACACAAACAUUUGCGUGAGUUGAACACUCUUGCAGCGAUAUUAUGUGUGUGUGAAUGUGGAGAGGCCUUUAAAACUUAUAUCAACUUAAGUUUUAAAAAACGUACGAUAUAAUAUAAGGAUUCUCGUAUUCUUGAAGUCGGAUAAUAAUACCUAAAAUUGUAAAGACAAUUAUUUUAAAAAAAAUAUACAGGUAAGUAUAAUAGUCAUUGUUAAUUUUAGCUGAAUUGUGCCUUUAUACAAAUCAUGUGACUUUGAUGCCUCAUAUAAUUUGCCUAGGUGUUUAAGCUAAUAAUUAGUAUACUGCGUGAUUAAAAAAAAUCUAUCUAAAUCGCUUUAAUAUUUCUAGCAUUUUUAGCAUUAGGAUGUGAAUACAAAAGCUCAAUAAAUAAUUGUGAUUACGAAAUAUUUUGAUGAAAUCAGGACGCCUGUAUAACUGUAUUGUACGUUUAACGUAUUAGACAACUUGUAUUAGUAGGAUUAUAUUCGAAAUAAAUUGUGGAAU